GAUUAUUCCAACCGAAAGAACAAACCUCGAACUGGACAAUUCAGAUCGUUUUCCCCUUCUUUAAUACUUUUUCCUCCAAAUUUAGUUACAGUGGGGUCCCCAAAAACAGACUCAAAACACCUCUCACGUCACGCCAUCCCAACCCUGAAACUCGAGCUCCAUUCAACCCCACCAAAUGCCGCCUUAUCGUUAUCGCGCCCCUCCAACACGAAACGUCAUCCACCUCUUCCUUCAACAAAACCACCAUUCUCCCUCCCUUUCCCUCUCCUUUCCUCCUUCCAUCUGUCCAUUUCUCUCAAAAUGCCCAACAUCCUAAUCAUAGGCGCAACCCGCGGCCUCGGCCGCUCGCUCGCCAACUUGUACGCCGCCAAAGCGGACACAACGGUCUUCGGCACGCAUCGGUCUGCGACUCCUCCGGCGGGCUUACACGAGAGUAUUGUUUGGGUGCCGAGUAUUGACCUGUCUGAGGAGGGGGUGGGUAGGAAGUUGGUGAAUCAGUUGGGGAUGCUUGGUGGCGGUGGGGGCAUGGUGGAGGGUGGGAAGAGGGUUUUUGAUGUUGUGAUCAUCACUGCGGGCUAUUUUGCGACGGAGGAUUGGACCAAUGGACCGAAGUGGGAGGAGGAGGUUAGGAUGUAUACAACAUCCUCCAUCGCUCCACCCUUCAUAGUGCACUCCCUCUUCCGCUCCAAACACAUCACGCGGGGCUCGAAAAUCAUCCUGGUAUCCUCGGAAUCUGGAUCCAUUACCCUGCGCCACGCGAAAGAGGGAGGAGGCAAUUACGCGCACCACGCGUCGAAAUCGGCGUUGAACAUGGUGGGCAAAUUGCUGAGUUUGGAUUUGAAGGAUGAGGGCGUGAUUGUGAGUAUUGUGCAUCCGGGGUUCAUGAGGACGGAGAUGACGAAGGGGGUCGGGUUUGAUAAGUAUUGGGAUGAUGGCGGAGCUGUUACGCCGGAUGUUGCGGCGGAGAGUUUGAUAGGGUGGACGGAGGCGUUGGGGAUCGAGAAGACGGGGCAGUAUUGGGCGCCGAGGGGACCGAGGGAUAUUGGGACCGCGGAUGUGACGAUGGGGGAUAAUCUUCCUACGCCGUUGCAGUUACCUUGGUGAGAAGCUCAGAGGAGUAUAGAGAAACGAAUAACGAGCAUAAAAAGCCAUAUCAUGCUUCAAUUAGAAAGG